GAAAAUAUGUCUUAGAAAUUGCAUGUUAACUCAAUCAGGGAAAACUAACUUAUUUGCUUGAACAAGGUGAUUUGUUUCAGCAGUGCAAGUUUCCCUUGUCCAGGUGGCCCCUUUAUAUGCAUACACACGCGCACGCACAUGCACGCACGCAAGCACAUGCCAGGCACACACACACACACAACUUACACACAGAGACGGUGAAGGUUGUAGUUGCCCCUUGACACUGAUCUUGGGUUAGUUUUGCAUUUCCCUCACAAAUUGUUAAGGUUAGGAUUGAGGGAGGGGAAACUGAUCCUAGAUCUGUACCUAGGGUAAACUUCACUCCGGAGCCUAAUGCUCACAUACAGGUGGGUGAAUAAGGGAGAAGGAAACCAUGUGACAUCUAAUGUUUGCAUUUUUCCAUGUCAGAGAAACAACCCCAUUGUAAAGAGAGAGUGAAAGGGAAAGAAAGAAGGAGAGAGAGGAGGACGACACAGCACUCUCUGGGUCAAAAACUUCUUACAACAGAUAUGGAAGGGAGGGCUCUCAUCCUGGUACUCUCAGGGCUGUGCACCCUCUCCUCCUGCCUCACUCGCGAAUACCACUAUGUUAGCAGCCCUAAAACCUGGACUGAAGCACAGAGAUACUGCAGAGAGAAGUACACAGACCUGGCCACCAUAGAAAACAUGGAGGAUAUGAAGAGGCUGAUCAACACUGUGGACAUUGGUUAUAAUGGAUCAGUCUGGAUAGGGUUGGAGAAGGGAGAUAUCAUGGUGUGGCAGUGGUCUCUGGCAAACAGAGAUUACUAUGGGGAAGAAGGAACUGGGUUCAGGAAGUGGAGUGAAGGAGAGCCUGAUAAUGGUAUGGGGAGAGUUGAAGAAGAAUGCGCUGUAAUGAAUGAGAAUGGUCAAUGGCAUGACAUGCCAUUCAACUUUAAAUUGUCUGUCUACUGCUAUGACGAUAAAAACAAUAUUAAGGUUAAUAAUAACGAGUUGAUGACCUGGAGAGAGGCUCAGCUCUACUGCAGGAAGCACCACACAGAUCUGCCUAGUGUGAAGAACCAGAGAGAGAACAAUGUGUUACAGAACCUAGUGCUUGGCAGUGGUCUGAUGUGGAUCGGCCUGUUCAGAGACUCCUGGAAGUGGUCAGACCAGAGUGACUCCUCGUUCAGAUACUGGGGUCCCAACCAGCCCAUUAAUCGCUUAGGGAAUCAGAACUGUACUGCAGUAUGGGAAGGAGUAUGGACAGAACAUCCUUGUAUGUAUAGGAUUCCCUUUGUUUGUUAUGGAGUGAAGAAGACACAGCAGAUGGUAAGAGUGAGGCUGACCACAAAGGAACAGAACAUGGACCUGACUGAUCCUGACAUGCAUGAGGCCAUCUUGCAGCAGAUAAAGAAGGAUCUGAGGGAAAACGGGAUGUCUGAUGACGUCAAACUGAGAUGGAAGGAGCAGCCCGAUGGAAACAUAUUCCGCAAGGAAAAAAAGAUGGAUCUCCAAAAGAAGAAAAUGAAGGAGAGAAUACCAGUUAUGACAAAGAGAGAACUCUAAACUUGGAGAAUUAUAUUUCUUAUUUUCUGGGAAGUUCUAUAUAUUAAUUUACCUGAUUUUGAGUUUUGUAGGUCUCCAACUAUAUUGAAUUUGCAUAUUUAUAUAAGGAAUAAUAGAUACUAUCCUUAAAUAUAUAACCCGUAUUUGGUGAAACUGCCUCAUCCUUUUGUGAUAUUACAACAAGAAAGAAGUUACUUCAAACAACGAACACUGUUUUUCCCCCUCAGACAUCAUUGAAGGCGCGAAAGAACUCUGUUUCAUCACAACAGCACAAAAACAAUAGCAAGGCGCUGGGGUGAACUAUGGCGUGGUUUCACCAAAUGUUGAUUCUAGCUUUAAGUAAUACACUGCUAAAAAAUAAAGUUUAGAACAUGUAUUAGUUGCCUGUGUAACAUUAUAUGCUGUAGUACUCAUUAAGAAUGAACCGUUUUGUUUCAAUUGAUGAUGAUAUGAGUAUAUGUUUAAAUACAUAUACCUUAUCGCUACAAUACAUAUACUGAAUUGUAGCGACCUUAACCAACACCUACUGUAGCAAACUCGUCAAGAGAUUCAGAUCUCUUGGCGUAACAGCUAAGGUGUUUGUUUGAACUUAGCUAGAGCCUGGUUUGAGUCCUGGUCGGGGCUACCCCCCUGGAAUUUGCUUCAGUAUGUAAAUUAUGUAGGUGAAAUAUCUAGCAACGAUAUAAAUCAUGUUUGAAAAUGUUUAUAAUCAUGUUUCUAAAGUAGUUAUAAAAUAAAUGUCAGUUGAACAUUAA